GGUGGGGCUAGUUGUCACAGUUUUCACAUUUUGAUGUUUUAAACAUUUAGAAUUCAUUGAUUCUCACCAAACUUAACAUGCUGUAACUUAAACAUUCAGACAACAAUUAGAGUAAAUGAAAUAAACUUUAUCUCUUUAUUUAUCAAAGUUAUACAACAAAAAAGUGGCUGGGUUGAGGUUGUGACAAUUUGCCCCACACCGGGGUAAGUUGACACAGGCAUGGGGUAAAAUGUCACACAUUUAAAAAAUCACCAUGUCUUGCUAUGUCUAAAAGAAAUAGCAUAUUAAGUCAAGACUUUGUUCUUGUAGUAGUUUCCUUGACUGGCCGUCGUGAAAUAAUGAUAUAUAUGUGAAGGUUCUGAAAAGUUUUGGACCUAACAAGGAAAGCUGUAGGUUUUUCUUCAAAAUAAUGUUUAUUUUUUUCUAUAUAAUAUUUGUAUAAUAUCUGUUCACUUCUCCCAGCAAUGCACCCACUUCCAACCUAUCUAAAUAGUAGGACUAGGUAACUUCUUUUCUAAAAUAAAUGUUGCGCUCGGAGGACAUCUUUUCUGUAUGUUGAUGCUGGCAUAACCUUUGUAAACAGCAUUAUUUAAAGAGAAAGUCGCUUAAUACUAUUUAGGUAUAUAUUUAGGUAUCAUCCAUAAAAAGGAAUCAAUAAAACAAAUAUUAAUAUUAAAAUUUGUUUUCAAAAUGCUUAAUCUUCAUUGGGGCAAGUUGUCACAACUGUGACAAAUUACCCCAACCUGUGUGACAACUUGCCCCACAACAAUUUUCAGAACAUUUAUUUUAAUAUUUUAUUGGAUCGAGCUUUUUGAAAAAAACUAAUUUCAGUGUGUAACUAAUACACAGAGAUAUGAAACAGUGUAAUGUUAGACAAUCAUCUCAAAAUUAUAAGUGUUUUUCAACAAAAUUACACAAAAAUAAAAUUCCACAUUCCGAACAGUCAAAAACAAUGAAUCGUGAUAAUUUUAAAAUGCGAAAAGGUAUCGACUUCAUUUUAUAACUAUUUGUAAAUGUUUCCGUAAACAUCUCAGCUGUAGUUUCACAUUUUUGAUAGCGUAUCACAUUAUAUCAAUAUAGUGUUUGUGACAACUUACCCUUGUGACAUUUCACCCCACCUUCCCCUAAUAUUCUCUCCUCCCCCCCUAUUCAAAACUACUGCUAGUAAUAGUGUAUAUUCCUAGUUGUUUCUUCAAUCUUAUCUACAUAGCUAUCUACAGCUCUAUUAUUUCUAUUAGCUUGUUUUCUCUUUCUAUACGUGAUUAAAGUCGGUAUUUAAAAAACAACUAGAAUCUAAGUUAUUCCCUCUUUUGAUAAUGAUUUUGGUAUUGAUCCUGCGCCUUGACAAUGCAGAAAAUUGGCCAGGAGUGUAGACUCUAGAUCUAAAUGCUGAUAGAUUCUAGAUCUAGAUCUAGUUAAAUCUAGUAGAUAAAGAGUCUUCAUUUCAGUCUAGUUCUAGAAUAAAUUCUAGAUCUAUGUCUAGCUGAUUAAAUUAAAAGGUCGAAAGAGGUUUCAGUACCAAUAAAGAGACAAUGUGCGUCAAUAUGAUGAAGAGAACUCUUAUAGCCAAGAGAAUGAUUUGUAACAGCAUUGAAGCAAUGGGAGGAAUUAAAAAUGUAUCAAUUUCUUCAGGCAUGCGAAUGGCUGCUGCUUCAGCCAGAUCAAAGUAUAGAAUUUAUCUGGAAGAAAGGGCUGAGGAGGAAAAAAGAAAGAACCUAAAAAGGAAAAGAAACAAUCAAUUUGAAGAACUUGAGGCUAUGAAAGCCAAAAAAGCUAGGUUCGAAAGGGACAUUACAAGCCUCACUGACUCUGCGGACAAGCUUGCAGAAAAAAGCAGAAAACACUAACAGUCACAAAUUUUUAAUUGAAUCCAAUGCUUUACGUCGCUCUGCAAAGCUUAAAAAAGAGCAUAUUGAAAAACUUACUUUGGAAAUCGAAACCAAAGUGAGGGAGAUCAGUGGACUCUAAAAAACAUUAAAAACCCUUGUAUAUAUGUAAAUAUAUUGUAAAGAAUGGAUGUUCAAGAUGCGUUUUAUGAUGGCGUCUGCAGAAUUACCAAAAACAGAGGAGACAGAUUUUUCAGUUUUUGUUGGCUGUUUAAGCAGUGAUACUACUGAAGAGGACAUAUCUGAACUCUUCAGUAAUUGUGGGACUGUUGUCAAAGUGAAUUUUCCACCAUCAACAAAAGGCACUUUCUGUUUCGUCAGCUUUGAAAAACUGGAGUCAGCACACAGAGCUGCGGCAGAAUUGAAUGGCUGGUCUUGGAGAGGUCAGAAAAUUGUAGUAAAUCUGAAUAGAAACUGUCCCGCCGUGAUGCAGUCAGAACAGAAGGCAGACAACCUUGACACUGGCUGCAGAAAUGAUGAUUCUCCGCUGCAGAAAAUGGCGCCAAACAGCUUUGUAAAUAGAAUGCGUGUGCAGGAAGAAGCUCGGAGAAUGGACCAGGACUUUAUCCCAGAUGGAGGUACGUACAGCUGUCAAGGCAUCAUGGAGGAGCUGGACAAAGCUGGUGAAGCCGCUUGCUUGCCUCCCCCGUUCAUUAAUGUUUCGUGUCAUGGCCUGUGUUAUAACAAGAUUCUGAGGCAGCUCCAAGAAAAAGAAGAAGAGCUGGGUAUCUCAGGAUAUGCAGAAUUGUUGGAGGAGGAAUAUGGAAAAAUGAGGCAGUUAUUUGCUAGGGCCAGAAUAGUUCCAACCUGUGAGCCUGAGACAGCUACAGAAGAAGCAUAAUUAAUUUUUUUAUGUUGUAUGUUAAGUUGAUUUUUUAUACUUCUACUUUGCCAUUUUAUGUUUUUAUACUUGUUAGAAUCUUUUGUUGGCCAGAUUGAGUUAUACAGUGAUUGACAUGGCAGUCAAGUUAUUGUUUAGUCUUUUUUUUUUAAUUUUCCUUCAUUUUUUUUUUUAAAGCUAGUCAGUAACCCUUUCAAUAAAAAAAAUAUUUGAAAUGUGGCUUUUUUUUUUUUGACUCCUUUUGGAAAAAAGUUUGGCUCAUGAAAGUACAAAGCUUUUGCUGUUUUUUUUUCUAUUAUGACUCUUUGCCUUUUUACCAUGUAUGGUACAUUCCUGUUUGUGAACAUUUUUGAGUUAGGGUGAUAGUAUGGCUGCUUGGUCAUGUGAAAUGCAUUUUAGACAAUGAACCUAAGUACAAACCUUGGUGCUGGUUUCUGAAGGAACAUGGACCAAUUAGAAAUUUCAUGCCAUUUCAUUUUGCCUUGUGCCAUAUAAUCAAGUUGUUGGGACUUAAACAACUGAGUGCCAUUUCAUUUUGCCUUGUGCCAUAUUAUCAAGUUGUUGGGACUUUAAUCCCCUAUUUGCUUCCUCUUUUUUACCCUGUGAUAUCUAUUUCAGGAGCAGUCAUCCUCAUAUCAGCUAUCGAUAAGAAAUCCAAGUGCAUUAUAUUAUGAGCCAUUUAUGGUUUGUGUGGGCCCUUGUUCUGUCAAGUUUAUAUUCCAAAAACUUAAAAAGCUUUUGAAAAAUAGGUUUCAAAAAUCACUUUCAUCAUUCAUCAUUGGUGUUACAUUUUGUUCUAUCCAAUGCUUAUUGUAUGCACAUAGAUGUUAGUUGUUUUUUAAAACAAGAUUAAAAACUAUUUCACACAGUUAUUUAAAAAAAUCAUUUGUAAUGUGCAGAUUGCUCCAAUUGUCUUUCAAACGCUUAUUCUAUGUUCUCAAAAUGAAUACUAGACUUAUGAACCAUUUCAGACUAUUUCAACAGCAAUUUAUUUUGCAUUUGUCUUCAUCCUACCAGGGUUUUAAAAAAAUCCACUUUUGUUCUCAUGUUUUUUUAAAGAUGUUCAUGUUUUAAAAUGUUUUCCAUUAGAAUCUCUUGUACAUAUGGAUAUUACUUUCAGUAUUAACAAAUUACAAUGUAUUUUUAUUUUCAACUACAAUGUAACUGAUUUUAAAUGGCUAUUUUUUUUUUUUUUUUUUUUU